AAGCCGGUGGUCAUGACGCAAAACCGGUUUGAGAGUUGAGAUUCAAGAAAGGAAAUUAUUUAUAAAGAACAUUACAAAAGACUUCACCAUUCACCCCCUUUCAAAGCCAAUCAGUCGACUACUUAUUUCCAUCCUUACUCUCCAUCGUCUUCAUCUCAGUGCUCACCCACUUUUACUUACCACAUUUCAAUUUAAACCACCCAAUACUUCCUUAACUUCUUAUCUCAAACAUUAUGCCUACAAACACUUCAGAAAAAGCUGGGGAUAUGGCCAACAAUGUAUCGAAAGAUGCUCAAAAGAAAGGAGGUCAAGCUAGUGACCAGGCCCAAGAAUCUGGAAAAGACCUUUACAACCGGGCCGCUUCAUUAGCUUCUGACGCGGUUGAUGCAGCCAAGGAAACUGCUGGUGUCGCUCAGAAGAAAGGACAGGAAGCUACUGACUCCGGUUCAAGUACAGUCGACAAAGCCAAAAACGAAGCCAGUUCUGCAAAGGACAAAGCGGGCGACCAAGCCAACUCAGCCAAAGACAAAGCAAGUGAUCAGGCUGCCUCAGCAAAAGAGACCGCUGAGAGCAACGUUUCCUCAGCGAAAGACAAGACCCAAGAGCUUACCGAUGAAGCCAAAUCUAAAGCUGGUGACGCAGCAGACACCGCAAAGGCACACGGGAAUAGCCUAAUCGAGCAGGCUACAGCUCUAGCAUCGAAUACAAUUCAAUACGUCAAAGAGACUGCUGGUCUUGCGCAAACUAAGGCGGCCGAAACGAAAGACAAGGCAGUAUCGGAGGCAGACAACGCGACUGGUGGUCAGACUCUCGGCGGACUCGUCAACCAGGCUCGCGACCUUACGGGCGAGGCACUAGGGACGGUUAAGAGUUAUGUUGCUGCUGGGCAGUCGAAAGCUGAAGGAGCAGCAGAAGAUGCUAAAGACAAAGCAAAGGACUUGAAAUCAGAAGCUGAAAGCAAGACUGACAGUGCGGCUGGUCAAGAGUCAUAUGUAGACAAGGCACGAAAUUUGGCGGCGAGCGCCAUUGGUCAAGCCCAAAAUCUUGUGGCAUCAGCCGAACAAAAAAUGGAUGAGCAAACUUCAUCCAAGCCGUUGACAGAACAAGUCGGUGACGCUGCAAAGAACGCGCAAGACGCCGCUGUGCAAAAGACCAGUGAUCUACAGUCCACUGCACAGAACAUGAUGGAUAAAACUACAAAAGAGUUGGAGGAUUUGAAACUUAAAAGUGGCGGUUAUGCUAAAGCUGGAGCUCAGGAGGUGGGCAAAGCUGCUGAUUCCAUCAGUGCGAAGUAAAUCAAUAGCUAUGGGGAAAUGCUUUGUGGGGUUCAAUUUCUGUCUCAGUGACGCAAAUGUUUGUAUUAGCAUAGUUUUCUCUUUAUCUGCUUUCAUUUAUUCUACACCAGUAUUAUCAUUUCGAAAUAAAUCUACUGCUGUUCAUCAUUGAAAUGUUUUUUCCUUCGGUUGAGGAUUUUGCCC